AUGGCGAAGAUUGCCCUAGGUUGCGAACCAGUGGUGGGAUCAAUAACAUCUGCGAAGAAGAAAGAGUAUAGAGUCACCAAUAGACUCCAGGAAGGCAAGCGCCCCUUGUACGCCGUCGCUUUCAACUUCAUCGACUCCCGCUACUUCAACGUUUUCGCCACAGUCGGCGGCAAUCGGGUGACUGUGUAUCAAUGCUUGGAAGGUGGUGUAAUUGCUGUCUUGCAGUCUUACAUUGAUGAAGAUAAGGAUGAGUCUUUCUAUACUGUCUCCUGGGCUUGCAAUGUUGAUGGUGCCCCAUUACUAGUGGCUGGAGGAAGUAAUGGCAUAGUACGAGUGAUUGACGCUGGCAAUGAAAGGAUACACAAGAGUUUUAUUGGCCAUGGUGACUCAAUCAACGAGAUCAGGACUCAGGCUUUGAAGCCGUCACUUGUGAUUUCUGCAUCCAAAGACGAAUCUGUGCGGUUGUGGAACGUCCAAACUGGAAUAUGCAUUUUAAUUUUUGCUGGUGCAGGGGGUCAUCGGAAUGAAGUCCUGAGUGUGGAUUUUCAUCCCUCUGACAUCUAUCGAAUUGCAAGCUGUGGAAUGGAUAACACUGUUAAAAUUUGGUCAAUGAAAGAGUUCUGGACAUAUGUGGAGAAGUCAUUUACUUGGACAGAUCUUCCAUCCAAGUUUCCGACCAAAUAUGUCCAGUUCCCUGUAUUCAUUGCGUCGGUUCACACCAACUAUGUUGACUGCAACAGGUGGCUUGGCGAUUUUAUUCUAUCCAAGAGUGUUGAUAACGAAAUUGUGUUGUGGGAACCUAAAAUGAAAGAACAUUCUCCUGGAGAGGGCUCAGCUGACAUCCUUCAAAAGUAUCCAGUACCUGAGUGUGAUAUUUGGUUCAUCAAAUUUUCCUGUGACUUCCAAUACAAAGCCACAGCAAUAGGGAAUCGAGAGGGAAAGAUUUUCGUUUGGGAUCUCCAAACCAGUCCACCUGUUCUCAUUUCUAGAUUGUCUCAUGUUCAAUCAAAAUCUCCAAUUAGGCAGACUGCCAUGUCCGUUGAUGGAAGCACAAUCCUCAGUUGCUGUGAGGAUGGAACAAUUUGGCGCUGGGAUGUUGUAGCUAGUUCGUCUUGA